GGGAUAGGGAUUUCUCAAAGGGGGCCACGCUAGAGGCAUAAUCUGCUUCAAGCCUCGGCUUCCACUUUACGUGCUCAGUGGCGAUGGAGUUCCUCGCUGAGGAGAACGACUGCGGACAGACGUUGCUGCGUCUCGUGAGUCGUGGCAGCGCCAUCAUCGCCGAGCUGCUGCGUUUGUCCAACAACAUUCCAGGGUGUGUGGAAUACAAAGGACGAAGACUAGCGAGUACAUUUCUGACGUGAUGUUUACAUGGUGUAGCGUGUUCAUGGGGCCCUCGCACGUGGAAGAUCCCGAGCAGCUCAAGUAUCUCAAUAUCCUCUUUGACUUCGCGUACUUGAAGAACCCUGAGGACUUUGAAAACAUGGUCAACAGUAACACGGAGCUGCUGGACGUGGACGACGAGUUCAUGGACAACCACGAAGACAUUUUGGAUCGAUUCUAUCAGCUGUUUGAUGGCAUCUACAAGGUCUGUUGUACUUUUGGACUCUGAAAAGUAAUUAGCGUCGGCUCACUUGGGUGAUUUUGCGUGUGCGUACAGUAUAUCAGCGAUUAUUUGGAGUUUCUGGACAAUUUGGAGAAAGGGUUCUUCAUCCAACACACGCUAGCCAAUAUCCUGCUGGAUACGGACGGCGCACAGCUCAUGUGCGAAGCAUUGUACCUUUAUGGAGUGAUCUUGCUACUACUGGACCGCAAGAUCCCCGGUCCGACACGAGAGAAAAUGGUCAUCGCAUUCUACCGAAGCAAGGGUGAGUCUGCGCUGGAAAACAUUGAUGAGGUCUGCAAGCUCUGCCGUGUGACGGGGUACCUGCCUGGUCAGCCUAAACCGGCGCAGUAUCCGGAGCGAUACUUUAAGCGCUUUCAACCUCCAGAGGAAGUGGUGAGCAUGGUGAUCGGCAAACUACAGUCUGACGAUGUGUACCUUCAAGAACCCUGUUUCCCACAUCGCACCCAUCGCUCCACUCGCCUUGCAGCGCAGGCGUCGAUGCUUUUUGUGAUUUUGUUCUUUGCUCCGGAUAUUCUCAUUCAUGAGAAAGCGAGUAUGCGUGAAAUUGUGGAUCGUCACUUCAACGACAACUUUAUCUUGACGACAUACAUGGGAGCAGUGGCUGAUUUGUCGCUGGAGUGGGCAGCUUACCCUGCGGCACGCUUGGCUCUUGCUAACACGCUGGAGCCUUCGAAUAUCGCGCAUAUUACCAAGAAGAAGGCACAACAGACGCAGCGGUCCAUUGAUGAACUCAACUACUUCCUAACGGAAGGUGUACUCACUGAAAUGUACGUAUUGGAGAACUUGGACCCGCUAUUGAACUGCAUCCGUAAUGCCAACGUGACGAUCCGAUGGACGAUGAUGCACUCACGUAUUCAACCGGUGAUUCCCAUGAUGGAGAAUUCCACGGCGCAGCGCGAGAUCUUUGAUAAAGGCACUGACCCAGACAAGCUGAUCACGCUACUGCUUAAAGUUUCUCAAUUGGAGUGGAAGCUGAAGCAAAUGUUCGAGGCUCUACUUGCCACUAAAGAAGAUCGAUGGCAGCGUUGCAUGAAGGAAACGUCGGAGCGCAUGGAGGAGCUGAGCGAGUAUUUUUCCGGUGAAAAACCGCUGACUCGUGUGGAACGCAACGAGGACCUUAUGAAGUGGUUUAAGGAUUUGGCUGAGAAAGUCAACAGUUUGGACUACGUUGAUCACAUCAAGGCUGGGCGACGAAUCAAGCGCCUGAUUGAGGCUCUGGGUCACGUCGAACAGUUUGACCAGAUCGACACGAACUUGCAAGUGAAGGCAUACCUUGAGGAAUCUCGCGAAUUCCUCACUGAGAUGGUGCGCACCGUGCGUAUUCGAGAUGAGGUCAUGGGUAUUAUCGAGAAUGUGUCGGACUUGUCAUACGCCUGGGAGAUCAUCAACGAUUUCAUGAAGAUCCUGCACCAGCGCGUAAAAAACGAUCCGUCUUCUGUUAUCCUGCUGCGUGCAAUGUUUCUGAAGUUUGCGUCGAUCCUGGAUGUGCCGCUUACGCGUAUUCAUCAAUGCGGUUCCGAGGAUGUAAUCUCGGUGGCUGAAUAUUACUCGGCCGAGCUUGUGGACUACGUACGGCGCGUGAUGGAAGUCAUUCCUCAGAGUGUCUUCCGUAUUCUCGCGGGCAUUAUCAAGCUACAGACUGACCACAUGAAGCCAAUUCCUGUGAAAUUCGAGAACACCCUCCUGAAGAACCACGCCCAGCUGAACGAGCGUUAUCGUCUUGCACGUGCUACUAACGAGGUCUCCAAAUACACGGAAGGUAUUCUGGCGAUGAAGCGAACGCUACUUGGUAUCAUCGAAGUGGACCCUCGACAGGUACUGGAAGAUGGGCUGCGCAAGGAGCUCGUGUACCGCGUGUCGCUCGCUUUCCAUGAGGUGCUAAUCUUCGAGAAGAAUACGUCUGAAGAGUGCAACGAGAUCUUCGUGAAGUUAGCGUCCAACCUGGAUGCCUACCGUCUCUCGUUCGAAUACAUUCAGGACUACAUCGGCAUUUACGGUCUGCGAAUGUGGCACGAGGAACUAUCGCGUAUUAUCAACUACAACGUCGAGCAAGAAUGCAACCGAUACUUGAAGAAGAAGGUGUACGACCGUGCAUCGCAGUACCAGAGUCGUGCUAUCCCGAUCCCGAGAUUCCAGCCGCCGUCUGGUGACAUGAGUGUCAACUUCAUGGGCCGCCUUAUGCAUGCGCUUUUCAUCAUGACCGAUCCGCACACGACCAUUUACUCCCCGCAGUCAAUCGGAUGGUUCUCUGAAGAUGGCAACGAAGUCUGCGGCAUUGGUGCCUUCUCGGUUCUUCACAAGAGCGUGGGACUACUCGGUCUAGCGGGUCUGGACCGUAUGCUCUCGUUCCGUAUCGUCCACACGCUUAACAACCUGGUCAAGUUCUGGGGUUCAGCUGUGACGCCUUACUUCCCACUCCUGGAUCAGCUUUCUGCAGCGCUCGUACCAGAGUGGAAGCUACCCGAACACUCGACCAAGCUAUACGAUGCUGCGCUGAAAAAAGUGGAGAAGAUCAUGAGUAAGUUGCUGAAGGCUGUGCUUAUUAUCGGUCAAGCAGCACUCAUCCGACGACAAAUUUCGAGUGAACUCUCGUUCUCGAGCCGUUUGGAUGCUAAUUUGUUGGCGACGACGCUGGAUACGCUAAACAUUUCGCUGCUGAACGAUAUUCGCGCGCACUACCGUGACCCAAAGAACAAACCGUACCCUGGCAGCGAUGGUAACCCCGUGCUGGUUGAGCUGAACAAAUACUUGGAGAAUACCGGCGCCAACGAUCCGUUCCAGAAGAUCUACGUUACAGUCGCCGAGCCCAUGGAAGGUCUAGCGGCCAUGUUCAUGCUCUUCGUGGUCGCCUACAUGCCGAAGCUUCAGUACGACCGCAACUUCGGGGCGCUCAGCCGCGUUGGAAAGAAUCCCAUCGAUGGCGAGCCUCUGCUGGUUGGUAUCCUUACCAUCUUUAAGCAGUUCCACCCGUCGUACACGGAAAAGUUCCUGGCUUACUUGGGCCAAUUCGUGCGCACGAAGGUCAACGACAUUUUCGCCGAGAAGGCUGAUAAGAAGGGCAAAUCUUCGUUGCCAACUGAGUUGCCUGUGGAUGUGGUGAACACGCUGAUCUUCAUGCUUGAAUUCGCUCGCUGCGCCAAGAUCAAGCGCAGCAUUCUCGACGGCCACGUUCCUGCGUAUGUUUUUGACGCUAUUCAGCUCUAGUUUUCACCAAUUCUUGCUGAUAGCAAAGCCGUGGGAAGCAGAGCAAAGCAAGCUGGACAUAAAAUCUAAUGCACAAUACAAGUAGAUUUCCCAAUCCA